AUGAAAGGCUCACGAGCGGGGAGACGAUCACAGUCUCCUCUGUUCCUGGUCCUCUUCGUUGCUCUCCUCGUUUUCGCGGUAACCGUCGAGGCAUCUUACGGUGACCGACUGCCAGAGUUCCGAGAAUGCGUCCAGGUUGGUACCAUCACACGCGCACGCGCUACCUCCUCCGUGUCUGUCACGAUGAGAAUUGCGCUCCAGGCAAAGAAGCCACGCCGAUCCCACUCCGCAACCGUAGCCCUCCACCGCCGUCUACUCCUCUGGUCCUGCGCCUCCGAAUGCGACUACACCUGCCAACACAUAAUCACGAAGCAGCGCGUCGCCGCCGGCGAGCCUGUCGUCCAGUUCCACGGAAAAUGGCCGUUCUACCGCUUCCUCGGCGUCCAGGAGCCCUUCAGCACCCUCUUUAGCCUCGGCAACCUCUGGGCCCACCACGACGGCUGGCGCAAGCUCCGCGCCGUCAUUCCGGCCUCGUACCCGCUGCGGCCAUGGUACGAGUGGCUCGCCGGCGUGGGCAUUGCCUCGUGGACCUUCAGCGCCAUCUUCCACACCCGCGACUUUGUCGCCACCGAGCAGCUCGACUACUUCGCCGCGGGCGCGAGCGUGCUGUACGGGCUGUACUACACCGUCGUGCGCAUCAUGCGCCUCGACCUCCCGACGCCGCGCCGGAGGUCGGUCCUGCGCGCGUGGACCCUGCUGUGCGUAUUGCUGUAUGCCGGGCACGUCGCAUACCUCAAGGGCGUGCGCUGGGACUACACGUACAACAUGACGGCCAAUGUCAUUAUUGGUAUGAUCCAGAACGUCAUGUGGCUGUGGUUCAGUUUCAACAAGUACAGGCAGUCGCGAAGGGGGUGGGCCAUCUGGCCGAGUAUUGUCGUUGCCAGCGUCAUCACGGUCAUGAGUCUGGAGCUCUUCGACUUCCCGCCGUUGUGGGGCGCUCUGGAUGCGCACAGCCUGUGGCAUCUGGGCACGAUCCCGCCCACUAUACUGAUGUACAGAUUCCUUGUUAAGGAUGCGCAGGAUGACAUGGCUGGAAGCGAGAGACUCAAGUCCUGA